AUGAGGGCGGAGACGCUGCAGGUGAUGUGGCACGCGCAGAAGCCGGUGAACUCGGUGGACUUCCACCCGUCGGGGAUGCUCGCGACCUCGGGCGAGGACGACACCAUCCGGCUGUGGCACGUCGACGCGGGCGACGCGGACGCCUCCCCGACGGUGACGUACCUGUCCAGCAUCACGAACCCCACCGGGGGAGUCAACGUGGUGCGGUUCUCCCCCUCGGGCGAGAUGCUGGCGUCCGGCGGGAGCGCGGGCGAGCUCAUCGUGUUCAAAGCGGCGCCCGGGCAGCGCGCCGCCGUCGAUCAGAGCGACGAGGGCUUCCCCGAGUUCUACUGGAAGAUGACCUCGUCGCUCAAGGCCGGCCAGGCGGACAUCAGCGACCUGUCGUGGUCGCCGGACAACAGCGCCCUCCUGACGGGGUCGGUGGACAGCAAGGCGACCGUGUGGGACGUGGCGCGCAACCGCCUCGUCAACACCCUCCAGGACCACCGCCACUGGAUCCAGGGGGUGUGUUGGGACCCCCUGGGGCAGUAUUUGGUGACGCAGGGGGUCGACGCCGCCGUGCGGUGCUACCGGGUGAAGCAGGCGGGCGCGAAGGGCGCGGCGGACGACGCCGCGAAGGCCUCCAACCUCACGCUCGCGUACUCGCUGCGCAGCCGUGCGUUCCCCGGCAAGGAUGCCGCGGCGGCGGAGGGUGGCGGCGACGCAGGGACGAGCGCCGCGAAGCCGCAGGAGGCGUCGCACCGGCUGUUCCACGACGAGCGCGGCGCGGCGACGAUGUUCCGCAGGCUCGCGUGGGCGCCGGACGGGUCCUUCCUCGUCACCCCCUCAGGCCUCUUCAAGGCGCACCCGGAGGACGACGCGCGCAACGCGUCGUACCUUUUCCCGCGCGGCGCACUGUCGAAGCCCGCGGCCGUCCUGCACGGCACCGCGCAGCCCUCCGUCGCCGUGCGCUUCUGCCCGGUGGUGUUCCGCGCCGCGCCCGGCGACGGAGAGGCCGCCGCGGACCUCCCCUACCGCCUCGUGUACGCCGUCGCCUCCUCGGACUCCGUGGCGCUGUACCACACCGACGCCGCGCAGCCCUUUGCUCUCGCGGGGGCGCUGCACCCCUUCGCGUCGAUCAGCGACCUCGCGUGGGACCGCGACGGGUCCCGCCUCGCCGUGUCGUCGCGCGACGGCUUCGUCAGCCUCAUCACCUUCGCGCCAGGCGAGCUCGGGGAGCCCCUGCCGCGCUCCGAGCUCGAGCAGGCCGGUCUCCCGGCGGCACUGCUGUCAGUGUUGUACCCCGAAUACCCCCCCGAGAUGCUCAAGCUCGAGGUGCCCAAGACGGCCGCGGCGCCGGUGAGCCCCGCCGAGGACGAGCCGAAGCCUGCCGCCAAGUCGGUGCUCGGCGGCGCGAGGUACGUCGGGCCGACGGCGCACGCGCACACGCAUGCUGGCGGCGCGGGGCCCAGCACCGGCGGCCAGCGCGCACGCAUCACGCCGGUUCCGGUCGGAGGUCCCGCGGCGGCGCCGCAGCAGCUGAUCGACCUGACGAAGGAAGCCGGCGGCGCGGGGGCCCCUGCGGCGGGCGCGCAGGGCAAGCGGCGCUUGGUGCCGAUCGCGAUCGAUGUUGCGGCGUCGCCGGCCGCGCCCGCGGCGACGCCGCCCAAGGCCGACGGCGAGCCGCCGAAGAAGCGCCGCCUGACGCCGGAGAAGGUCCCGGAGAGUGCCCCGGGGGGAGUCCCAGCGCAGACCCCCCCCGCCGGCAGCGCACAGGGCACUCCCGCGCAGGCAGGGCAGGGCUUCGCCGCUGCGGCCGUGCGCGCGGCUGCCGCGGCCGCGCGGGCGGCGGAGGCUCAGCAGUGA